AUGCAAUUCAAAGAAACAACUAAUCAACCAUGGCCGGACUUCUUCCCUUCUUCAUCUUCCUCCUCCUCUUCCUCCAAAUCCCACCAACUCAACAACCUCAGCAUUAACAGCACCGCCUGCAUGGAGCAACUACUCGCCCACUGCGCUCACGCCAUCGACUCUCACGACGCCACUCUCGCCCAGCAACUUCUUUGGGUCCUCCACAACAUCGCUCCACCCGACGGCGACACCAACCAACGCCUUACAUCGGCUUUCCUCCGCGCGCUCCUCCUCCGCGCCUCCCGCUCCUCCUGCCCCGCCCUCUCAUCCAUCAACCACUCCCCCCCUUCCCACCUCCCCCUCUCCGCUACCUCCCUUGCCGCCUUCAUCGACCUCACCCCCUGCCAUCGCUUCGGCUUCUCCGCCGCCAACUCCGCCAUCGCCGAAGCCACUGACUCCUUCCCCAUCCUCCACAUCGUCGACCUCUCCACCACUCACGGCAUGCAACUCCCCACCCUGAUCGAAACCCUCGCCGCCCGCCGCCCCGAAUCCCCACCUUUCCUCCGCGUCACCAUCCCUUCCUUACCGCCCGACACCUCCCCUCCCCCCGCCCUCGAAAUCCCUCUCCAAGAACUCGGCGCCCGACUCGUCAAUUUCGCCCGUUCCCGCAACCUCGCAAUGGAAUUCAACAUCGUCCAAUCCACCCCCGCCGACGGUUUCUCCUCCCUAAUCGAACAUCUCCGCCUCCAACAACUCGUCGCCGAACCCGGCGCCGAAGCGCUCGUAAUCAACUCUCACUUCAUGCUACAUUUCACGCCGGACGAAUCCUCCGCGCCGCCCAAUAUUUCCCAAUCGCAUUCCAAUAUUGUUCCGCGGACCAUGUUUCUGAACGCCUUGCGCGGGCUCGACCCGACGAUCCUCAUCGUCGUCGAAGAAGACGCGGAUUUCACCGCCUGCAAUGUGGUCGAAAGGCUUCGAGCCGCUUUCAACUACAUGUGGAUACCGUUCGAUGCGGUGGAUAGCUUCCUGCCGAAAGGUGGGGAGCAGAGACGGAGAUAUGAAGAAGCGAUUUGUUGGAAGAUUGAGAACGCGAUUGCGCAGGAAGGAUUGGAGAGAGUGGAGAGGUUGGAGACGAGGAGCAAGUGGGUGCAGAGAAUGAAAGGCGUGGGCUUUAGAGGCGUCGGCUUUGGCGAAGAAGCCGUCGGCGAAUUGAAGAGCAUGGUUGACGAGCAUUCGGCGGGCUGGGGAGUGAAGAAGGAUGAGGAGGAGAUUCUGGUUUUGACUUGGAAAGGACAUGACGUGCUCUUCGCGAGCGCUUGGAUGCCGGCGCCGCCGCCGCCUCCCCUGCCGGCGCCAGCGCCAUUAAUAUUAUGA